UAUCUCGGUGUUCAUACUUGAACAGUCUCACUUGUAAGACAUUGUUUUUCUCUACUGACAUGCUACUUUCCUUGAAUGAAUAUUCGAAAAAAUGUUGCAACCUUUUCAAUGACGUCAAGACGGUUGUUUUGGUCCUGUCUAUCCAAUUGGAGCCAUCACUUACAUUCUACAGGAGCCGAAAUGGGUCUAAUCUUGCUCCGUAGCUGUCCUCCAGGACAUACCACAACGCCCUUCGGCGGGUGUAUGGUGGUACCCGACUGCUGCUUUAAACAGCAGCACUGACAUGGAAACCCCUUUGCAGUUGCAGAACGAUUUCCUUCAAGAGCAGCAGUUCCAGCAUCACUGUAAGUACCAGCACUACUGCGGACCAGAGGAACGGCUCACUAAGGAGCGCAACCAAUGCUGCACCUGCAAUAACUGUACAUGUGAUGCAAGAAAAAGCCUAGUUUUUCGCGGGACGUCGCCGAACACUCAAGGAACUUUAAGGACGCCAUCCGUAACGUAUUCGAGGCAAGGUUCUCAGUUUAGCGUCUGUGAGUUCACGCCCUCCAGUCAUGGUAGUUCAUCCAGACAUCAUUACCAUCAGCAGUGCUACAAUCGGCAGCGGGGCAGCCCGAGCAGCAGCCACAGAGACAGUAACUCGUAUAACGAAAUAGCCAUGAGUAGCUGCAGAUACAACGGCGGCGUAAUGCGACCGCUGAGCAACUUGAGCUCGUCCCGCAGAAACCUACACGAGUUUGAUUCCGAAUCCCAGCCUUUACAACCAAUCUCUACCGCAGAUGCGUCGGACACCCUAGCCUCUAAACCGGAGAACAAUUCCACCACCCUAAUGCCUUAUGCAUCGGGAGACGGAGGGGGUGGAUGUAACAACAGUGGCAGUAAAUCGGGUAAAAAGAAGAACCAGAACAUUGGGCAAAAGCUUGGACAUAGAAGGGCCUUGUUUGAGAAAAGGAAGCGUCUCAGCGACUAUGCUUUGAUCUUUGGGAUGUUUGGGAUCGUAGUUAUGGUUAUAGAGACUGAACUCUCAUGGGGAGCCUAUGGAAAGGAGUCAUUGUAUUCAUUAGCUCUAAAAUGCCUGAUAAGCCUUUCUACAAUCAUUCUUCUUGGUCUGAUUAUCAUAUACCACGCAAGGGAGAUUCAGUUAUUCAUGGUAGACAAUGCAGCAGAUGACUGGAGGAUAGCCAUGACCUACGAGCGCAUCUUCUUCAUCUGCCUGGAGAUCCUGGUGUGCGCCAUCCACCCCAUCCCAGGGAACUACACCUUCACCUGGACAGCGCGCCUGGCCUUCUCCUACACCCCGUCCAAGACGGACGCAGACGUGGACAUCAUCCUGUCUAUCCCCAUGUUCUUGCGGCUGUAUCUCAUCGCCCGCGUCAUGCUGCUCCACAGCAAGCUCUUCACAGACGCCUCGUCCCGCAGUAUCGGGGCGCUCAACAAAAUCAACUUCAACACACGCUUUGUCAUGAAGACCCUGAUGACCAUCUGCCCUGGCACCGUGUUGCUGGUCUUUACCAUCUCGUUGUGGAUCAUCGCUGCGUGGACCGUGAGGGCCUGCGAGAGAUACCAUGACAACAUGGACAUAACCAGCAACUUCCUAGGAGCCAUGUGGUUGAUCUCAAUCACUUUUCUAACCAUUGGAUAUGGGGACAUGGUCCCCAACACUUACUGUGGAAAAGGAGUCUGUCUCCUCACUGGUAUUAUGGGAGCCGGCUGCACAGCCUUGGUAGUGGCUGUGGUUGCAAAGAAACUGGAGUUAACCAAAGCUGAAAAACAUGUUCAUAAUUUUAUGAUGGACACCCAGCUGACAAAAAGAGUGAAAAACACUGCUGCAAAUGUACUCAGGGAGACGUGGCUCAUCUACAAGAACACCAAACUGGUGAGGAAAAUGGACCAUGCCAGAGUCAGGAAGCACCAGAGGAAAUUCCUCCAAGCCAUUCAUCAAGCUCGAAAACUCAGAACAUCAUGUAUGACCUGAUCUCAGACCUGAACGAGAGAGGGGAGGACAUGGAGAAGAGGAUCGCCAUGCUGGAGACCAAGCUGGAGACUCUGCUGGGGAACCUGCAGGCCCUGCCAGGACUCAUCAGCCAGGUCAUCAGCCAGCAGCACAGGGACUUCCUGGAGGUGCA